AUGUCUCAGUCUUCUAUGUACGUACCACUUUCGCCAGCCACAUGUGCUAGUACACCCGCUAACAUCAUCUCCAGCAUCGACCCCCACCAAACCCCUUCGAAUUUGACUUCCACCGCUGUAAAUGGCAAUUCCCAUGCCUCAUCUACAACACCCACCUUUUCUGCAACCGUCCCUACCAAUAAAGGAAGUAGGUCCUACACGUUACCAGAAGCAUUCCAAGUAUGGGAAACAUCCAAGAAUAACAUAUUGGCUCCUAAAACCCAUAUUACCGGGGUCCAGGCCGACGAAUCACUGGAUUCUUCCUCGUUCAAGCACUCGAAGCCCCACCCGAUCUAUCACUUACGCCUCAACGAGACGGACCACGUAACCGCAGACAUGCAGACCCUUUCCUUAGGUGCCAACGAAACUAGCCAGCCAUCACCAGCAGCUCUGGCCCCUGCAUUCGAAGCGAUACACCAGUCAACCCACCAAUUACCUACUCAAACACCUCUGUUAUCGUCGUCCAGCCGUCCAUUGGCACCAACAACGUCUUUAAUUUCCCCUGAUCAGAUUCUCUGGCUCUACUUGGACUCGUCGGGCAAUGAACAAGGGCCGUUUAACGGAGGUUUGAUGCAUUCAUGGUUCACAGACGGAUAUCUUAGUUUGGACUUACAAAUCAAACGCCAGAACCUGGAGUACCACAGUUUAAAGUCGUUUUGUGAGCUUGUGGGAGACUACGUGGCGCCAUUCAAGGUGCCGCUCCCACCUUUACUGCAGGCACCCCAGGCCAACCAACCUCAUCCACUGGAGCAGGUCCCGCAAUUAAGCAAUGGCCUCAACGGGUCGCUUCUUGGCCUGUUGAGCCAGCCGUUCGCACAGCCCAUGGCGUACCAGUUCUCGCCCAUUCCAUCUCUUCUCCAGCACCAGAUCGGCCCCAACCCGGUGUUGACCCGUGGUAAUCUGAACUGGGGUAUCAACGACUUUUCGUCUCCCUCCACUCCUAUCACCGUCAAUACCGGUAUCAGUUCUCAGCCAACAAGCGGCUCCAACGGUUCCCAGCCCGGAGGCCCCAUGCCCAUUUCGCCAUGGACUUCCACUGUCAACUCGCAGUCUCGUGUAAAUUCCCCAUUUGCACCAGUGGUGGAGUCUGCGGACCCGGUAUUGGCCAAUUUGCAUUCGACGGUGGUGACCGGCAUUUUGGGUGACUUUGAUCAGCCCACAACCACCCCUGACCCCUCUGAAUCAGUCCCUGAGUUUGAACCAAUUGUGCAGCCAAAAGUGGUGAUUGCUUCUGAACAAGUGGCUGUUCCCGAGCCAGUUCAAGAACCCAUCGUUCAGCCCCGGGUGGUGAUCCCUGGACCCGAACCUCAGGCAGCCAAACCAGAACCUCCAAAAGAAACCACUCCUAAACCCUCACCAAAAGUCCAGGUUCUCAAACCGGUAUCGGCUGCUGACGUGAAAGCCCCUUGGGCCGCAUCCACCAAGCCAGAGGCAGCUCCCAAAAUGACUUUGAAAGAAAUCCAGCAGUUGGAAAGUGCCAAACUCAAGCAGCAGAAGAAGCUUGAAGCCCAAUUGAAGCUCGAAAAUCAGACUAAAGCUUUGAAAGAAGAGAUUUUGAGGGAAGAAAGAGAAAAGGCAGUUGCUGGUGGGUUACCCACCACUUCUAAUUGGACUACAGGUGGUGCUACCAAUGGCCUGACCAAGGUUAUCAAAACUUUAGCCGAAAUCCAGGAAGAAGAGAGAAAAGCUGCUAGUUUGGCCAAGGGAAAGUCGAAGACGCCUAUCAACUCCAUUGCUGCCCAAAUUGCUUCUUCUUCCCCCGAGGACUCGGGUGCGUGGUCUACUGUCACCAGCAAGAAGGUUGCAAAGAAGGCAUCUACCAGUACCUUGAUCAAGUCUUCUACUACUACUUCCUCGACUAACCCACUGGUGUUGAGAAGUGUUUCUGCGCCGGUGGUAGCUACUUCUCAUAACAACUUUGACACUUUGAGACAAGACUUUGUGAUCUGGGCCCGGUCUCAAAUGACUAACUUGUAUCCUAGUGUGUCAUCCAACGAUUUGUUGGAAAUGUUCAUUUCCUUACCCAAUAACACUGACUCUUCCCAAUUGAUCUCCGAAACCAUCUACAGCUCUUCUGCCACCAUGAACGGCCGUGUUUUUGCCCAAGAGUUCUUAAAGAAAAGACAGCAAACCGAAAGAAUGAUAAGCACUCCCAGCGACUUGAGUGCUUGGUCCCAGGCCAUCAUUGAAAGUGCUGACAGGGUGCAAUUUGUGGAUGAAGAAGGUUGGUCCACCACCAACAAGAAGAAAAAGGGUAGAAAGAAUUAG